GUCGACACAACUAAAUACCGCACAUACUUAGCUGAUCAAAAUAAUCUUUUAAGCUCCGGCCUUGCUGUUGCAUAUCUCUCAAGUAUAUUUUCAAAGGCCAAGAAUUGCAAGACUCUCAUUAUCGACGAUGAUCAUCGAGCGUGGGGCGCGAAUUUCCUCAAGCGAGAGACAGGCGUUUACCCUACGACGACUCUCGAUUCGCUGGAAAGUCAAGAUUUCAUCGCGAGUGCCUUUCAGACGAUUCUCAUAGCACUCACUGCUAGUGGCCUCCGGAUCGAAACUUUUCAAGUCUAUGCUGGAUGCGUGACAGUACCAAUCAACCCGGAAAUCCUGUCUCCUUGCCCUGUUCUUUGGUUGUCGCCACUCCCUUUCGCUACCAGUCUCACUAAUUUGGCGCUUGCCGUGGAUUCUGGAGAUAACUAUGCUCUUGACUCAGAGACCUGGCCGAGUACUCUAACUCAGUUCAUUCAUUGCUUUCCACGUCUGGAGAAAUUGGAGCUCACAUUUGAAUCUUGA